AUGGAGCACGGAACAGUAAUUGGAAAUAUAUCCUCCAAUAUUGAUGUAGAUACUAGUAAUCUAUAUAAACGGGGCCUGCGGAUUGCUUUGGGGAGUGGAAAGAAUUACCUAGAUAUUAACACAAUAAACGCACAGUUAUUUAUUAAGGAAAAAAUCGACCGUGAAAAUAUUUGCGCCUUUAAAGAUGAAUGCAUUCUUAAUCUAGAAGCUUUACUACAAAAUCCACUGCAGAUGUUUAGCAUUGAAGUAGAAAUCUUGGAUGUGAAUGACAAUGCUCCGAGAUUUCCUUUCAGAGAAAGUCGAAUAAACAUUUCAGAAUCGAAGCUAAAAGAUGAAAGGUUUUUGUUGGUUAAGGCCGUGGACCGUGAUAUUGGUAAUAACUCCGUGUGUGAUUAUAAAUUGAGUGAAAAUAUGUAUUUUGAAAUCGACGUGCAGAAUUGGAAGGAUGGCUCUGUUUCUGCUGAUUUAUUAAUUAAGGAGACACUGGACAGAGAACAACAAGCGGUGCACAGUUUAAUUCUGACGGCCAUAGAUUGUGGAUUACCUGCCUUGUCUGGCUCGAUUAAUAUAACGGUUACCAUACUUGAUGAAAACGACAAUGCUCCCAAAUUUGAAAGACAGAUUUACCAAGUAGAGGUUUUAGAAAAUACAUUAAUAGGAACCACCUUUAUUACUCUAAACGCAAAAGACGCUGAUGAAGGCUCCAAUGCUGAGUUAUUAUAUUCAUUUAAUCCUCACACCUCCGAGGAGGCGCAGAUAAAGUUCCGUUUGAAUUCGAGAACUGGUGAACUCAGUGUUAGUGAACUACUGGAUUUCGAAGAAGCUUCCCUGUAUGAAUUAUUUGUACAAGCAAAAGAUAACGGGCCGAAUCCUAUGACUGGGCAUUGCAAAGUAAUAAUACGAAUAAGUGACAGCAAUGACAACCACCCAGAAAUUGUUGUUGCGUCAUUGCAGAGUUCAGUACUAGAAGAUGUACCCAUAGGCACAGUCAUCGCACUCUUUAGUGUCACAGACAUGGACUCUGGAAACAAUGGCAGGGUUAACUGUCAUAUAUCAGAUAACAGUGAGUUUGAACUUAAACAAACUAUGGAUAAUGUGUUUGCUUUGGUGACUGCAGGACUUUUGGAUCGAGAAAAAAAAUCUAGCUUUAAUAUCACUAUCGUCGUGAAGGAUGAAGGCACUCCACCCCUCUCAAACAAUAAAACAAUUUCUUUAAGUCUGUUAGAUGUAAAUGACAAUGCGCCAUCGUUUUCACGUUAUUCAUACGAAAUUCCCAUUUCAGAAAACAACAUCCCUGGCUCUCUGCUGUGUUCCAUUACUGCAAAGGAUCCUGAUGCAGAUCUAAAUGGCGCUCUGACAUAUUACAUAAAAGAAACAAAUGGGUAUAAUAACACCUUCACGAAGUAUUUUUCCAUCAAUCGGGACAAUGGAAACAUUUACUCACUGCAGUCUUUCGACUAUGAGAAACAGACAUUUUAUACGUUUGAUGUGGUAGCUAAAGACUUUGGCAGUCCUCAGCUAAGCAGUAGUGUGAAUGUGAAGAUAACUGUUCUUGAUGAAAACGAUAACACCCCAGUUAUCGUUUCACCUUGGCGCCCUCAUGGAUCAAUAGUAAGCGAUACAAUUCCGAGUUCAGCUGAAGAAGGAUAUUUAGUGACUAAAGUUAUAGCAAUUGAUGACGACUCGGUUCAAAAUUCACGAAUUACAUACCAAUUGCUUCAAGUUACUGACCAGACAUUAUUUACAUUAAACCAAUACAGUGGAGAACUUCGAACCAGAAGACGUUUUGUCCUUAGAGACUCUUCCAAACAAAGACUUGUGAUUCAGGCUCGGGACAAUGGCAAUCCUUCACUGUCAUCGACUGUUACGAUCCUUAUAUCAAGAUCUGACCCCGAAGUAGAAGGUCUUCUGACACUUAAUGACGAGCUAGAGACGGAUUAUUUCACGUCUUUAAAUAUUUAUCUGAUGAUAGGUCUCGCAACUGCUUCAUUCAUGCUCAUUUUUACUAUAGUGAUCUGUACUGCACUUAAAUGUCAUCGUAAGCCAUCUGAGGAGAGCACAAAAGCGGCGCAUCGGAUAAGCUGCUACAGCCAAAGGGAUUCAAUGAUUUCUGACCUGCCGGCACACUCGACUUUAUAUUCGAGUGACGCUUACUGGCACAGCGUGCUUUUGGCAGAAUCAAGAAAAGGAAAAAUGCUGGUGAGGCAGUCAAUGCCCAAUGGAACUGGCUUCAUUGUGUCAAGUUUGGAGAGGAAUUCGGAGCAGGGAACGAUAAGCGAAUUAGCCGACACACCAAUCCAGGUAAGGUUGUAA